AUGUAUUCGACAUCGCUGAAAGGAAAUUGCAUUUGUGAAAUGAAAUGUUUGGAUGAAAUAUCUAACGUAUCUAGUUCGGUUAGUUGCGUGAUAUCAACUUUGCAUUGUUGUGAUAGAGAUUGUAUGAAAGAGGAGAAAGUAAACAUCACUAUCGAAGAGGAUGAUCUAUUACCUUCGAAUUAUCUUAGUAAAAACAUUUUUGGAUUAUUAAUACCUGCAUUGGAAGAAACACUUAUUGAAGCAUCCAAACGGAAUGUUCUUCGAGUUCAGAAGUGUCGUUUUAACGGUCUCGAUAAUAUCGCAGAAAUUUUAUGGAAUCGUAAUCCACGUCAUUCAAAAAUAUAUUCACCACCUCUAAGUGUAUUUGAUAUACCGCCGUUUAAAGAAUAUUUACAUUCACAUCCUAGAUCUUAUUUUCCAAAAUCUUGGUUAUGGUCUGAAGAUGAAGCUGCAUUGCAUAUACAAAGAUAUGUUCGUGGCUGGUUUGUAAGAAAACGUAUGGAUGUUCAAGAAAUGAGGCAAUUUUGGAAGGCUAGUAAUUAAAAUACUGAUAUGUAUAUCUUUAUAUUAUUUCCCAUUAUUUAUUCUAAAAUUAUAAGUUAUAUUACAAUUAAUUAUUCUGCAUAUAAUCCAUAGGAUAUUGCAAUUAAAAGUUUCUUUGGCGAAAAAGAGAAUUGUAUUGUUCAAUCUCAAAGACUUUUAAGUACGUUCUAUUUGGAAUUUAUGAUAAUAAUAACAUUUUAUUUAUUUGUAGGUGACGUUUUAUAGUGAUAUUAAUUCAUUUUAUUUAUUUGUAGGUGAUGUACAAGAUAAUGCAAAGCAUGAAAUAAUUGAUGAAGAUUUGAUUCGUUGUGAAAAGUAUCGAUUAAUGGCACAUGAAAGACGUAUGUUGUAAAGAUGUAAAAGUAUAUUAAAAAGUCCUAAUUGAAAAAUACUUAAUCUUUAUUGUUAAGUUAUAAGAUCAAUGCAUAUUGAAUCAUAUUCAUGAUGCAUUCUCUUGUUUAAUAUUCUCAUACAAACUAGGGCUUUCUGACUGUCCUAAUCCUAUUUUUAUUUCAGUUGUAGGAGCUUCACCUUCUUCAGCAAUUCUAUAA